AUGACUUUGAUCUCCAAGUUCAGUAGCACUUUGGCUACCACACUCGCUUUAUUGUCGACCGCUAACGGUCUUGACAUCAGAGAGAACACCAUCUAUCGUGAUCUCACCUCCGCUGACUUCAAGGACCUUUACAUCGACCAGGGCACUUUCUUGACCCUUCUCAACAUCGGGCAGAUCACCAACGACGGUAUUUUCUACAACAGAGGUGAAUUCUACGUUGCCUCCAACAACUACAAGUCUGUCAACUACGACCAGUCCGGAUCCACCUUCAACAACGACGGUAAGAUCUCGUUCGACUCCAGAGACGCCAAUGACGUUGGCAAGCUCAACAUCAGAGUCAAGGACUUCAAGAACGACGGUGAGAUCUGGGCCGGUACCUCGGACUCCAAGUUCUUCCCCAAGAUCGGCCUUGAGGCCACCAAGUCGUGGGAGAACAACGGUAAGAUCAGCUUUGCCCAGGCCCGUGGUGACCCUGGUUUGGUUGCCUUCAACGACCUCACCUUUGACAUCACCAACAACGGUGCCAUCUGUCUUGACAACGUGCAGUGGUCUCAGUUGCCCACCGUCAAGGGUCCUGGUAGUAUCACUCUUGGUGACAACUCCCGUUUGGACUUGAACAAGCUUCUUGCCAUCCAGGACAGACAGACCAUCUCCUUCAGCGGUCUGGGUGCCACCCUUUACAUCUUGGGUUUGACCCAGUCGCUCACGGGUACCAGAACCUACAAUCUUGCUGGUUUCGGUGGUGACAACCAGAUCUUCAUCAACCUCGGCUACACCUCCCACUCCUACUCGGGCGACACCUUGACGCUUUCCUUCUUCUUUGGUCUCUUCAAGAUCGACUUUGUCGUUGGCGAGGGCUACAACGAGGACGGUUUCACCAACAACGGUAUUUUCGGCGGUGGUUUCACCAUCAAGUACAACGGCACCGCUCCUCAGCCAGUUCCUGAGAAGUUCUUGUGUGACCCAUUCCCCGAGCCCAAGACCGCUGCCGACGUGACCUCGUCUGCUGCUUCCCUGGCCACUUCUGCGAUUUCUUCGAUCUCGUCGUCGCUCGCUUCUGAGGCUUCUUCGGUGAGGUCUGAGAUUUCUGCUUCUGCCAGCUCAGUGGCCUCGUCUGUUUCGUCUGCGGCCACCUCCGCUUCUUCUGCUGCUUCCGAGAUCUCGUCUGCCGCUUCGUCUGGUGUUUCGUCUGCUUCGUCUGCCGCUUCGUCUGCCGUUUCAGAUGCCUCUUCCGCUGUUUCAUCUUCUGUUCCAGAUGCCUCUUCUGCUGUUUCGUCUGCUGCUUCCUCGGUCUUGUCUUCUGUGGAAUCCACCGCCACUGAAUCCACCAGUGACGCCGUGGACUCUGCUACUUUCGUUUCUGAGUCGACUUCGGACGCCGUGGACUCUGCUACUUUCGUUUCUGAGUCGACUUCGGACGCCGUGGACUCUGCUACUUUCGUUUCUGAGUCGACUUCGGACGCCGUGGACACCGCCUCCUACCAGUCUGCCUCCACCUCCGACGACGUGGACUCCGCUGAGUACCAGUCGGCUCCAACCACCUACACCACCGAUGUCGUUUCCACCAACUCCGACGGCGCUGUCUCCACUUACCCUGGUGAGGUUAUUGUCUCGACCGGCACCGACGGCAAGCCCACCACUGUGACUGCUGCUCCAGGCGUGACUGCUGCUCCUACCACCUACACCACCGGUAUUGCUACCACCAACUCGGACGGCUCUGUGGGCACCAUUCCAGCUGAGAUCAUCGUUUCUACUGGCCCAGACGGCAAGCCAACCACCCACACCUCCGCUGUCGGCCCCGACUCCACCGUCACCGAGGGCCACACCCUCACCCAGUGGGAGACUCACUGCCCAGUCUGCCCUGGCGGUGUUUCUUCUGCUUCCGGCUGGGUCUACACCAAGACCCUCGAGGGCACCGUCACUCUCACCACCGAGGUGUGUCCUCCAGGCGCCACCUACUCCGAGCCUACUGGCGAUGUUCCAGCUCCUGCUCCUACCGGCUCCACCUGGACCACGGUGCACCACGGCACCACCGAGUCUGGUGUGGUGGGCUCCACUGUCGAGGGCACCAAGACCGUCUACCUCUCGACGACUUUCCCCAAGGAGACUGCUCCAGUUUCCACCGCUCCAGGCCCAGCCCCAGCUCCAGGUUCUGAGGGUCCAGCUCCAGGCACCGAGGGUCCAGCUUCUGGUCCAGCUCCAUCUGGUACUGCCCCAGCUCCAUCUGGUCCAGCUCCAUCUGGUACUGCCCCAGGUGCUCCAGGUGCCCCAGCCCCAUCUGGUCCAGCUUCUGCUCCAGGUGCUCCAGCUCCUUCUGGUCCAGCUUCUGCUCCAGGUGCUCCAGCUCCUUCUGCUUCUGCUCCUCAUGCUUCUGCCCCUGGCGCUCCAGUUCCCUCUGCUCCUCAUGCUUCCGCUCCUGGUGAGCCAGCUCCUUCCGCUUCAGCAGGCUCUGAGGGCCCAGCUCCUUCCGCUUCAGGCCCAGCUCCAUCGACUGUUGCUGGCGAGAGCUCCCCAGCUCCUUCUGUUGUUCCAGCCUCCUCGGCUCCAGCUCCCGCCUCCUCGGCCCCUGCUGUGUCUUCCUACGAGGCUGGCGCUGCCGCCAAGGUCGUCAACUACUCUUGGUUGCUUGCCUUGGCUGGUCUUGCUCUUUUCUAA